AAGCGAGCGCCAACAGGGAAGUAAUGUCAAAUGGAUCAGAGGGGCGUCAUGUCUCUUAAUGCUGGAUGGAAGUGUCCAUUGCUAAGCCGCUUGAUGAAAUGGAUCACCUAAUGGAUUUGGGUGUUUAAAUGUCGUUAAAGAGAGGCGCAGAAGCUUAAUUCCAAGCGCUCCAUCAAGGAAUUCUCUGCUCGUAUGAUGGAAAGGGCGAUGGAGCAGUUAAACGUACAGCUGAACCGGCUGACGCGCUCUUUACGCCGCGCCAGGACAGUGGAGCUCCCUGAAGACAAUGAGACAGCUGUCUACACACUCAUGCCUAUGGUGAUGGCUGAUCAACACAGAUCAGUCUCAGAAUUGCUCUUGAACUCCAAGUUUGAUGUCAACUAUGCAUUUGGACGAGUGAAGAGAAGCCUCCUUCAUAUAGCGGCCAACUGUGGGUCAGUGGAAUGUUUGGUCCUCUUACUGAAGCGAGGAGCAAACCCAAACUACCAGGACAUCUCUGGAUGUACCCCACUCCAUCUGGCAGCAAGAAAUGGGCAGAAGAAGUGCAUGGGUAGGCUGUUGGAGUACAAUGCAGAUGUCAACAUCUGCAACAAUGAAGGCCUAACUGCUAUUCACUGGCUGGCGGUUAACGGGAGGACGGAGCUGCUUCAUGACUUGGUGCAGCAUGUAUCCAAUGUGGACGUGGAGGAUGCCAUGGGUCAGACGGCCCUACAUGUGGCCUGCCAGAACGGACACAAGACUACAGUGCUUUGCCUUCUGGACAGUGGAGCAGACAUCAAUAGGCCCAACGUCUCUGGAGCGACCCCUCUCUACUUCGCUUGCAGCCAUGGCCAGAGGGACACAGCCCAAAUCCUGCUCCUCAGGGGUGCCAAGUACUUGCCAGACAAGAAUGGAGUCACCCCACUUGACCUUUGUGUGCAGGGUGGUUAUGGUGAAACAUGCGAGAUUCUCAUACAGCAUCAUGGAAGGCUGUUUCAGACACUCAUUCAGAUGACACAGAAUGAUGACAUAAAAGAGAACAUGCUCCGGCAGGUUCUUGAGCAUGUAUCUCAGCAGAAUGACUCCAAUUAUCAGAGAAUCCUUACCAGCCUGGCUGAGGUGGCCACCACCAAUGGACACAAGCUGCUCAGUUUGUCUAGUAAUUAUGAGGCCCAGAUGAAGAGUCUGCUCAGAAUAGUGCGGAUCUUCUGCCAUGUAUUCCGCCUGGGUCCAUCCUCUCCUAACACUGGCAUUGACAUGGGAUACAAUGGGAACAAAACCCCACGCAGUCAGGUCUUCAAGCCUCUGGAGCUGCUGUGGCACUCUCUGGACGAAUGGCUGGUGCUCAUCUCCACAGAGUUGGAUAGAAAAUGUGGAGACACCGCCUCUUCUUCUCCAGGAAGUGACAUUGCUUCGCUCCUCCUGAAGCAGCGGGAGGCUGGUCCUUCCAUUGCUGCCGACACCCCUGACCUUCUGCCCCCUUCGCUGGAUCCUGAGGUGGUGAUGAAGACACCCAAGGCUUACGUAGAUGGUCAGGAUGUGAUCUCCAUGACUGCCAACCGGCUGAGUGCAGUAAUCCAGGCCUUCUAUAUGUGCUGCUCAUGCCAGAUGCCACAGGGCAUGACGUCUCCUCGUUUCAUCGAGUUCGUUUGCAAGCACGAUGAAGUACUUAAGUGUUUUGUAACUAGGAACCCAAAGAUCAUCUUUAAUCACUUCCAUUUCCUGCUGGAAUGUCCAGAGCUCAUGUCUCGCUUCAUGCACAUAAUCAAAGGCCAGCCAUUUAAGGACAGGUGUGAGUGGUUUUAUGAGCAUCUCCUGGCUGGACAGCCCGACUCGGAUAUGGUCCAUCGGCCUGUCAACGAGAAUGACAUUUUACUGAUUCACAGAGAGUCCAUAUUCCGCAGCAGCUGCGAGGUCGUGUCCAAGUUCACCAAUGAGAAGCUCAAGCAGGGCAUUGCUGUACGCUUUCAUGGUGAAGAGGGAAUGGGUCAGGGGGUGGUGAGAGAGUGGUUUGACAUUCUCUCUAAUGAGAUCAUCAAUCCAGACUAUGCACUGUUCACCCAAUCGGCAGAUGGAACUACAUUUCAGCCCAACAGUAACUCCUCUGUCAACCCAGACCAUCUGAACUACUUCCGGUUUGCAGGUCAAAUCCUCGGCCUGGCCCUGUACCAUCGCCAGCUGGUGAAUAUAUACUUCACCCGCUCCUUCUAUAAGCACAUACUGGGUAUCCCAGUGAAUUAUCAGGAUGUGUCUUCCAUUGAUCCAGAAUAUGCCAAGAACCUGCAAUGGAUUCUGGACAAUGAUAUCAGUGACCUGGGCCUAGAGCUCACCUUUUCUGUGGAGACAGAUGUGUUUGGAGCCAUGGAAGAAGUUCCACUCAAACCAGGAGGAAGUGGUAUUCAGGUCACCCAAGACAACAAGGCUGAAUAUGUGCAGCUUGUAACAGAGUUGAGGAUGACUCGAGCCAUUCAGCCUCAAAUCAAUGCUUUCCUGCAGGGCUUCCACACCUUCAUUCCUCCCUCCCUCAUUCAGCUCUUUGAUGAGUAUGAACUGGAGCUGCUGCUGUCUGGCAUGCCAGAGAUUGAUGUGAUGGACUGGAAGAGAAACACAGAGUAUACAAGUGGCUAUGACCUGGAGGAGCCAGUCAUCCAGUGGUUCUGGGAAGUAGUGGAGGGGCUCACUCAGGAGGAGAGGGUUCUUCUCCUACAGUUUGUCACUGGGAGUUCCCGUGUUCCACAUGGUGGUUUUGCUUUUCUUAUGGGUGGCAGUGGCUUGCAGAAGUUCACUAUCGCUGCUGUGCCCUACACAUCCAACUUAUUGCCUACCUCUAGUACCUGUAUCAACAUGCUGAAACUCCCAGAAUACCCCAGCAAGGACGUCCUGCGUGACCGGCUGCUGGUUGCACUGCAUUGUGGAAGCUAUGGUUACACUAUGGCGUGAUGCUUACCCUGCUGUUUUUGGCUGGGAUGCUUGCUAUAUAGACACACAUACUUACGCAAGGGUUUGUGUACUUCACUUCAGGGUUAUCCUCUGCACUCAUUCCUUUGGUACUCGGAAGCCUUUGCUUGAUUUCAUGGUGUUACUUCAAAUACUCAAAUCUAAAGACAAGGGAAACAUGAGUGAGGGAUAUAUAACAAUAUGUAAUGCUGAAAAUGUGGUAUGUCGGUUUGCCAGUCUGUACAGCCAGUGUUGUGUGUCAAAGGUUAUUGAUAUAUAUAGUGGAUGAGAGCACUCCCAUCAAGAUAGAAAUGUUCCAUCAUUGUGAUCCGUCAGAAUAACUUUGUAUACAUUUACAGUCACCAGGGGACAAAUGGACGCAAACCAUGCCAGCAAAAUGCCCCCACAGCAAAAUAGCCAAGAUAUUUUCCUUCAAUUUGUCGUUCCUCUGUAAAUGCUAACCAUGUAAGCCAUGUCUGUAUAUAUCUGUGUGCUCAUGUAUUAGGAUAGAGAAGGAAAAGGGAACUACAAAAUAUUACUGGAAACAAAAAGAGAUUGUCUGAUUGUAUUACAGCACUGAGCAAGGACCUUCAUACUUCUGUAAUGUCUGCUCCAUUGUAGUUUUGUAAUGCUGGUUUGUUUAUCAUAGUCAUAGUUAAAAGUCUUUUAAUAUGUCAUUUUUUUUCAAUAACUGUGUGAUAUUGAGAAUGCAAAUUGGAUCAAUGGUGCCAAAAAAUUUGCUAGAAUAUGUAAGUUUAAAGAUAAAGACAAAAAAAUAUAAAAGAUAGAAUGUUUGUGUAUGCUAGCUACAAGUGUUUCAGGAAAAGGGAUGCCACUUUAUUUUAUGAAUGCGAUGAUUAUGUCCAGAGAAGGAAUAGAUAGAAUAUUGUGAACAUAUGUUUGUAUUUCUUAAAUUAUCACUUUGAUUUGGUUGUAUACUUUUUCUUUUUCAUUUGUAAAUCGACUGCAUAUUGUAUACACAAACCUGAAGGACCUUUUGCAAAAAUCAUUGAAAUAUUGAAGUAUAUAUUUUACUAUA